UAUUUUUUAUUUAAUUUAUCUUUUUAAUUUAUAAUUUUCUAAAAAUCUUGUUGCCACUUUCCACAUUUUGGGAUCUUACGGAAUUUUGUACUUUUUUUUGCUUUGAUAAUUACUGGGUUGUAAACAUUGUUUUGAUUUUUCAAAUUCAUUCUUGUUUACCCUUUCUUUGCCUUUGUCAAUGUCAUUGUUCUUCAACAUUGGCGUGCUUCCUAUUUUGUGUUUUUCUGGAUGAAUAAAUUUGUUUGAUUGUUGAUAAUUGAUUGAAGCUGUUCUCCAAAUGCUUGGGUUUAGCAGGGCGAGAACUCAAUCUAGAAACGGUAGAUCUUUGCCUCUUGCAGGCAUGGAUUACGCUGAUCCAAAGCGGAAGGGCAAUGUUGUGGGUAAAAUUAUUGUUGCUGCUGGGUUGAUUGCGUUUUGCCUUAUUAUGAUUAAACAGUCUCCAACUUUCAGCACCCCAAGUCAAUUUUCCCGCCAUGAAGAGGGUGUCACUCAUGUCUUGGUGACUGGUGGUGCUGGCUACAUUGGGUCCCAUGCAGCAUUAAGGCUUCUAAAAGACUCGUAUCGUGUGACUAUUGUGGACAAUCUUUCUCGUGGGAACCUGGCUGCUGUUAAGAUUUUACAACAUAUGUUUCCAGAACCAGGAAGACUUCAAUUCGUUUACGCUGAUUUGGGAGAUGCUAGUGCUGUAAACAAACUUUUCUCAGAAAAUGCCUUUGAUGCUGUGAUGCAUUUUGCUGCUGUUGCUUAUGUAGGAGAGAGCACUCUUGACCCUCUUAGAUAUUACCACAAUAUUACAUCAAACAGCUUGGUAGUAUUGAAGGCAAUGAUAAAGCAUGGAGUACAGACUUUGAUAUAUUCAAGUACAUGUGCAACAUAUGGUGAGCCUGAGAAGAUGCCCAUAACAGAAGAAACUCCUCAGAUUCCUAUCAAUCCAUAUGGUAAAGCUAAGAAGAUGUCAGAAGAUAUAAUUCUGGAUCUGGCUAAGCAAAACACAGACAUGUCAAUUAUGAUAUUAAGAUACUUUAAUGUUAUUGGGUCUGAUCCUGAUGGAAGAUUGGGGGAGGCUCCUAGACCAGAGUUGCGAGAGCAUGGACGGAUUUCAGGUGCUUGUUUUGAUGCUGCUCGUGGAAUUAUACCUGGAUUGAAGGUAAGAGGAACGGAUUACAAGACUCCAGAUGGCACCUGCAUACGAGAUUACAUUGAUGUGACCGAUCUAGUUGAUGCUCAUGUAAAAGCUCUUGAAAAAGCAAAGCCUGGCAAGGUUGGAAUUUACAAUGUCGGCACAGGAAAAGGUAGAUCUGUGAAAGAAUUUGUGGAGGCUUGCAAGAAGGCAACAGGGGUAGACAUCAAGGUCGAUUAUUUAGCACGUCGCCCAGGAGAUUACGCUGAAGUUUACAGUGACCCUACAAAGAUCAAGGAGGAGCUUAACUGGACUGCUAAGCAUACAGAUCUUGAGGAGAGUUUGCAGAUAGCAUGGAGAUGGCAGAAGGCGCAUCGGAACGGCUAUGGGCCCGCAUUAUUAGCAAGAGCAACAGCCAUGUAGAUGGGUGUUCUGUUGUUUAGGAUUUCAAAAGGCUAAUGUUAAAAUUAGCAGGCAGUUCACAUAGGAGAAGAGGGCAGGUUAUAUAGCCUUGGUAUUUAUUCUUUAUAUUGUUAAAUUAUACUUUGAUUAAUGGUGUAGGAUAGAGUGGUAGGGACUAGUGAGCAAUAAUCUAUUUGUUGCUGCCUAAUAUUAGUUGUAUAAUUCCAGUGAGAGCCUUUUUCUGUUUAUGAAUUUUGAAGAUCUUAAUUCUCUCAUUUAUAUAGUAUAUAUCUUUUUAACA